AGACAGACAGACAGACAGGAAGAGCGAGGCGUACCGCUGUUGAGAGGAAAGGGUCCAGUCUGAGGAGCUCUGAGUCCAGGAUGGACACCAAAAGUUUCCCUUUGCACAAUUAAAUCGAAAUAAGGAAUUACUUUGUUUCGCAGGACACUUUGUGUUUAUUUCCAGCGAAGACGCCAAACGGAGGGAGUAUCAGUCUUUAAAACAUCUCGGACCUCAGGAUUAUGGUGGUGCAUGCGCCGGCUGCAGACCUGAAGGACGAUCAAAAUGCUGAAAUGUAAAGCUGGAAGUUUCUCCUGCUGCCUGGGGUUCGCCUCGCUGCUGCUGCUCCAGGUUGUGAGCAGUGCAGCUCCCACAGAGCAUCCUGCAGCCUCCGCUCCCUGCAGCAUCUCUGUGUCUGGAUCGGCGUCCGGUCCGAACUCCGUUUCUCUGACUCUGACUACCGCCGGACUGAACUGCUCCUUCUCCGUGGCGUCGCCGGACGUCGGAACCGACGCCGCCGAGUGUCGCAGAGUCCCAGAGUGGGAGCUUCAGGGGAACCAAACGGAUCGGCCGCGCGGCGCCGGCGGCGGAGUUUUCACCUGCGCAUUGGAUCACCUGGAGCCUGGAGCCGCCUACCUGCUGCAGGUCCGAUCGCAGACGGACAACGAGUCGGCCAGCGCCACGCUGCACACCAGACCGUCAGCGGUGGUCGGCCUGGCUGUGACCUCAAGGACCUGCAGCAGCCUGGGCCUUUCCUGGCAGGCCGGCCCAGGCAGGACGCAGCGCUUCAGGCUGCAGCUGCGACAAAAAGCCCAGGGCUCCAAUCAGUCCGAUCUGCUGAAGAAUGAGACUUUAGGAAGCACGACGACGUGACAGCCACGCUCAGCUGACACCUGGGCGCCUGUACGCCGUUGCGUCGUUACCGUGGUGGGCAACAGGACCGUCGAGGCUUGGACAGCGCCCGCCGCCAUUUCCAACGUCACCUCGGAAAACAACGGCACCAGCCUCAGGUUGUCGUGGCAACGUCCCGAAGGCGACGUGGACGCCAUGGUGGUCACCUUCUUCGGCAACGACACGACAGUGCAGGAAACGACUCUGCCUGGAAACGCCACCGAGGUCGCUGCCUACCAGCUCACCCCUGGCUCGGCCUAUCAGGUGGAAGUGAUGUCAGUCAGCGGCUCUCUGACGAACCAAUCAAAAUUCACCGUCAGGACAGCUCCGUCUGCGGCGACACGCCUGCUGCUGUCUCCUUCUUCCUCUGGCGGCCUUCUGCUAACGUGGGCGCCCCCUGCUGGCCGCUGGGAGAACUACAGGGUUUUCCUGUUUGACGGCGCGCAGCAACUGGUUGACACCGCACUGGGCCGGGAUGCGGUGAACUUUAGCUUUCCGGGGACAGAACUGACGCCUGGCAGGCGUUACCGAGCCACGCUGAGAGUGGAGAGUGGAGGACUGGCAGGCGAGAGCGGCUGUUACGGGUCAACGGCUCCUGCUCCAGUGGCAGAUCUCCACAUUCGCCACUCGGCUGAGACGUUGCUCAGCGCCAUGUGGAACCACGCCCCUUCUGGGUCACGUGACGACUACUUCCUCACCAUUCGCCAUGGUAACACUACCGUAGACACGCGCCAGGUGGAGCCGAACAUGAGGGAGUGCACGUUCAACGUGCUCACACCUGGACGGCAGUAUGUAAUCACCGUGACGACUAGGAGCGGGAAUCUGAACACAUCUGUAUCAGUGGAGGGAAGGACAGCUCCGAUGGCGCUGCGUACGAUCAGCCUGAGCAACUCAGGAGUCGACAGCCUUCAGGUGACCUGGAAGAAACCACCAGGAGACGUGGACUCGUACAACCUGACUCUGCAGCAAAGCAGUGUUGUUGUCCAGAACCACAGCGUUCCAGGUGAUUCUAACUCUCUGGUUCUGACCGGUUUGACGCCUGGCGCCCUGUACAGGCUGCAGGCUGCCACUAUCAGUGGGGAGCUGCAGUCUAAACCAAUCAGUCUGGAGGCUCGAACAGCGCCAGCCGCCGUCUCCAAGGUGACGGUUGCCAACGGUGGCAGGUCGGACGCUCUGUACGUCUCGUGGCUACCUGCGGAUGGCGUGGUGGACAGCUACCUGGUCCAGUUGGAGGACAGGAAGCGGACCGUCCACAUGCUGCCCGUGUCCAGCUCCUCUCCGCCUGAGUGCUCCUUCAACUCGCUGGAGGCCGGACACCUGUAUUCAGUCGUCAUAGUAACCAGGAGCAGCGGACUGGAGAACACCACUGUGGUCCAGGCUCGAACACAACCGGCGACGGCGGGAAACCCAAACGCCGUACACGCUGGCAGAGACGACUACCUCAAGGUGUACUGGCAUCACGCAGCAGGAGAUCUGGACCGCUACGUGGUUCUGAUCAGCUACAACCACACCGUCCUUCAGAACCAGAGCGUCCCCACUGGACACAACGAGUGCGCCUUCUCGUCUCUGACGCCGGGGCGACUCUACACCGUCACCGUGGAAACAUGGAGCGGCAGCUACGUCAGCAGCAUCUCCACCCAUGGCCGAACUCUUCCUGCAGCUGUGAGGAAUCUGUCCGUCAAGAAUGCAGGAACGUCAGAGCUGAACGUUACCUGGAGCCCCGCCCUCGGAGACGUCGACCAUUACGAGGUGACUCUGCUCUUUAACGACACCCGGGUUUUCCCUCCCGCCAUGCUGGGCAGCGACGUGCAUCAUCACCUGCUGACCUCUCUGACCCCCGGGCGCCUCUAUAAGAUCAUGGUGUCCACCUUCAGUGGGCCUCUUCAGGUCGCCCAGGUGAUGGAGGGACGGACAGUUCCCAGCACUGCAAAGAACCUGAGGCUGAUUCCCCAACCCGGCCGGACGGACUCUGGCGCCGGGCUGCUUUUCUCCUGGACAUCGGGACCCGGAGACCUGGACCUGUACAAAGUGUCUCUGUCAACCAUGGAUGGCGUUUCCAUCGACACUCGUCCCGUCCCCAAACACGUCUCUUCCCUCGACUUUUUAGAUCUGAUCCCAGGCCAGGCUUACCGGGUCUCCAUCCAAUCACAGAGCGGCUCGCUGACCAAUAGCAACACAGCCUCUGGCAGAGCGGCUCCAGCAGCAGUCACUGCUCUGCAAGCUGAUAACGGCCACACCACCCACAGCCUGACCGUCAGCUGGGAGCGUCCGGUCGGCGCAUUCGAUGGCUACCGUCUGCAGCUGCUGGACGAAGCGGGAGGCGUGGUGAGGAACCUGUCGGUGGCGGCGGACGGUCAGAGCGAGCAGCUGGAGGGUCUGACCUCUGGGAAGAGGUACCGGGUGAAGCUGGUGACGCUCAGCGGUGGGGUCACAUCGCUGGAGGCGGCCGCAGCAGAAGGCCAAACCCGUCCUGCUGCUGUUCAAAACCUGACGGUCGUCAUGGCAAACACAACGUCCCUCAGUUUCUCCUGGCGUCCCUCAGACGGCCAUGUUGACGCUUACGACCUGUCGCUCUACAGCGUCUCUGAGGCUACGGCCAAUCACAGGAAGCAGCAUCAGCAGACCGCCGGUGAGCUGGUGGACAGGAGGAAGGUGGGUCCAGCUGAAGAUGGCUGCAUCUUUUCAGGCCUGAGAGCAGGAAGCCUCUACCGCCUCCUGGUGGUGAGCUGGAGCCAAGACAUGAGCAGCGACUCGUCGGUCCUCGCCAGAACCGUGCCGGCUCCGGUGUUGGCUCUGCAGGUCCGGAGUUCUGGACGGAGCGACAGGCUGACGGUCAGCUGGCAGCACGGAGCAGGAAGCUGCAGCAGCUACCAGGUUCUGCUGUACGACGCGUCCGGAUCCGCUCAGGGCGCUCAGAUGCUGGGGGCGGAGCACAGCAGCCACACCUUCCUCGGUCUGACCGCCGGCCGGCUGUAUCGCGCUGAUGUCAUCACUCACAGCGGCGAUCUGACCAAUAGUGUCUCAGGAUUUGGACGAACCUCUCCAGAGCCGCCCAGCCACCUGUCCGUCAGACCCGGCCCGACCAAUCAGUCGGUACAGCUGCUGUGGUCUGGCCCCGCCUCCGGGGACUAUGACAACUUCAGCCUGCAGUGGGCGCCAGAGGACCCGCUGUCCGUCUCACAGACACACAUCAACAGCUGCAUAGUCAGUGGGAUGUUUCCAGGGCGACGGUACAACUUCACCCUGACAACCAUCAGCGGGGGCGGAGCCAAAAGUGGACCUCCGGCCAGCAGCCAACCAAUCCAGAGGAGCGUCAGAACAAGUCCGUCUCCUCUGCGGUACAUCCACUGCUUCCCUCUGUCCUCCUCCGCCCUCUCCUGCUCCUGGACGCCACCGCUCGCUGACUUCGACUCCUACGAGGUCGAAUGCCGUUGCCACGACAACGGGGAGCUGACCUCGACCCUGCGGCUGGCCGGCGGGGUUACCGCGGUAACGCUGGACCAUCUGGGAGCGACUCAGACCGCCAUCACCAUGAUCGACCGUCCCCCCGUCCCGCCGCCCGGCGUUCAUGUCAGCGAGAAGUCGUCCAAAAUGACGUCGUCCUCCAUCUUGUUCCGCUUCAACUGUUCCUGGUUCAGCGACGCCAACGGAGCCAUCAGAUACUUCUCUGUGAUCGUAGCCGAGUCAGACGCCAAUGAAAAUCUGCAGCCGGAACAGCGCCACCCGCUGCCGUCAUACCGCGAUUACAUCAGCAACUCCUCUGUCAGAGCGUAUCAGACAGCGUACUUCCCGAGUCGCUGCCCUCAGGACACAGAGAGCGCCGGCGGACAGGUGGUGGAGGUGAAUCUGGGUGCAGGUGGAGAGCGGCUGGGUGGAGCCUGCGAUCAUUACCAUGACGACGACCUGUACCUUGGUUAUGGUGGCUUCUGUGACGGACCGCUGAAACCUAAAACGUCUUACAGGUUGAGUGUGCGAGCCUUCACCAAACUGUUCGAUGAAAACCACAGAGAAGUGGCCGAGCCGCUCUUCUCAGACACGUAUCUGUCGCCGCCGCUCAGGACGCAUGCAGAGCCUCUAGGGGGCGUGGUGGAGGGCCUGAGCGCCGGGAUGUUCCUCAUCGGCAUGAUGGUGGCCGUCGUCUCCCUGCUGGCCUACAGGCAGCGGCUGCGCAAAGUGGCCGUGCAGGAGAACCCGGUGGUGAGGAUGAGUAUGUGGAAAGAAGUCCCGGCUUCGGGGAUGUAUAUGGGAGUGAGGAGCAACCGGCGGGUCACCAGUCCCGUCAAAGCGUGCCACUUUGAGUCCCAUCUGAACAAACUGCAGGCCGACUCCAACUACCUGCUGUCUGAGGAGUUUGAGGAUCUGAAGGAUGUGGGCCGCAACCAGACCAUGGAUGUGGCCAGACUGCUGGAAAACCGCGGGAAGAACCGCUACAACAACAUCCUGCCGUACGACUCCACCCGGGUGAAGUUGUCCUACCUGGAGGACGACCCCUGCUCCGACUACGUCAACGCUAGCUACAUACCUGGCAACAACUACCGCCGGGAGUACAUCGCCACCCAGGGGCCGCUGCCGGGCACAAAGGACGAUUUCUGGAGGAUGGUGUGGGAGCACGGCGUGCACAACGUCGUCAUGGUGACACAGUGUGUGGAGAAAGGACGGGUGAAGUGUGAUCAGUACUGGCCUGCCGACAAGGAGCCGCUGUACUACGGCGAUCUGGUCAUCCAGAUGCUGUCGGAGUCCGUCCUGCCUGAGUGGACCAUCAGAGAGUUCAAGAUCAUCUCGGAGAACAGCUGCAGUUAUCCCCGGAUGCUGCGUCACUUCCACUACACGGUGUGGCCCGACCACGGCGUUCCCGACAGCACCCAGUCCCUGAUCCAGUUCGUCCGGACCGUCCGGGACUACGUGGACCGCUCACCCAGCACUGGCGCCACCGUUGUGCACUGCAGCGCCGGAGUCGGGCGAACCGGGACCUUCAUCGCCUUGGACCGGGUUCUGCAGCAGCUGGACUCCAAGGGAGGCAUCGACCUGUACGGCUGCGUGUUCGACCUGCGGCUGCACCGGCAGCACAUGGUCCAGACUGAGUGUCAGUACACCUUCCUGCAUCAGUGUGUGAGGGACGUGCUGCGAGCCAGGAAGCACCGCAGCGAGCAGGAGAACCCGCUCUACCCCAUCUACGAGAACUUCAACCCAGAAUACUGCCACGAUUUCAUCUAUAACGGACGUUAACGAGGUGACGGCGCUCAGCCAAUCAGGAGAGAGGAAGCUCACCACGGAGACGUGUUCAGUAACGGGUCGGACGUUAGCAACUGAAUAAAAUCUGCUUCUUUGGUCGGGAUCACCAUUUUAACUGUGGUAAAUCACCGUGGAAACCAAACUCAUCAUCAACAGGAUUCAGGGUUAAAUGUGAUGUAAAAAAGACAUUUUUACAUGAUAUAAAACCAGUUUGUUGUUUUGUUUUUUUAAACCGAUCGGUUUUAAAAUGCCUUCAAGUUCAGAUUGUCAAUCUGCUAAAAGCUCUGCUGUAAAUUAUUAUAAUUAUACUUUUAGAGCCACGUAAAAUCAGCAGUUUUAUAUGUUAACAUAUUUUUCAUGAGAAGUCAGAGAACGCUGUUGCAGCACACUACUGGUCAGCUGGCUGAAACAAGGCUAACAAAAGAAAAAAAAAAACUAAAGUCAGCUAGAUACCUGAGCAGAUAGCCUGACUAAUUAUCCAUCUAAUAUCAGCUUGUUUUAAUAUUAUUAUUGGAGCAGAAAAGUAAAAUGUUAUGUGCACAUGAAAACUGUUAACAUUACUGGGUGUAUAUUCUAAUUCUUUUCUUUGCUCAAUUUGCAGGAAUGUUAGAUAUUAAUUUAACUGGAAUAUUUGUGAGAUUUGUAGCAUUACUGUCAACCUGUAGCCUCUCCAUUCAAAAGACUGUUAGUUUGUGUUGAAAUUUCAAAAUACAAAAAUAGAUAUUUAUCAGUAACUUAAUGAAUUUGUACAAUUUAUCCGUUAUUUCUAUUGAGUUUUCUGUCCAGAAAACUACCAGUAAUGUUUUAAUCUGAAAAUCUAAACAGGAAACUGUAAAAACUUAGAUGUGAUUUACAAGGACUGACACAGGAAGUGGGGUUGAAGUUGACCCAGAGUAGACGAGGUGUGAAGGGGGCGGAGCCUGUGGUAUGACAUCUUAGCUGUCAGUUCCUCUAUGUGGAUUUAUGUUAGUUUCCAACAUGGCUGACAUGACUGCUUUACUCUUCUGAACAAGUUCGUUGUUACCAUGGUGAUCUAACCAGGUAAAAAAGACAGAUGGUGACAUCACAGAGAACCUUUGAGACCAGAAUCCAGUUCAGUUUGUUCUGACCCAUCAACCAAACUCUGAUAUGAUCAAUAAUCAAUAUGAGUCCAUCGUUUAAAGUUCAAACUAACCUCAUAUUUUCACAAAUUUAUCAGAAAAGCUAAAUUUAAAUCAGAAUGUUGUUCGAAAUGGUUCUGAAGUUGUUUGAGAAAAUAAAUUGCCUAUUUUUCUACUUUCUCUCCUCCAUAUAAGCUGUUUAUUUAAAUAAAACUUCACUCAAUGCUGUAUGUAAAUAUUGAUGUAAUGGUGGUUUAUAUUUGUGUUUUCAUGCUAGAUUUCUGCUUCAGACUUUUAACUUUUUGCCUCAGAAAUUAACUGUUUAGAGCUUCAGUAAAAAGUUUAAACACGCCUCAAGUUUCAUUUUAAUAAAUCAGGAAUCGGAUAAAAUGUGGGGGUUUUUUUGUGUUUUUUUUUUUAUUUUUAUAUACGAAUGCUAUUUUAAAUGUUUUUAAAAGUUAUAAAACUUCCAGUUUAAUUCAUGACUUUUUAUAGAAAAAAUUGAAAACAAGAUUUAAGGAUUGUAUUUUUAAUAUAAAAUACUGAACUGUUUUUAACUUGCCAUCAGAAACAUGUAAACUUAAUUAUAAAGCUCAUUAAAAUUAGCCGCCAUUCCCAA